AUGGCCGAGUUUGUCGCUGAAAAUCCAAGUAUCUUUGAAGAAUUGGAAAGACAUUUCAAGAGACAAGGCAAAAAGAAGGUUGAAUCUUCUAAAAGGAAGUCAGAUAAGUCUCCCGAGGUUUCGUCCGAUGAGGAAUCCGAUCGGAGAUACUUGGCCAGGAGCUCGUCAAAGCGAGCCGUGUUUAGAACUAUUUCUAAAAUAGCUUCCCUCUCCAAGGCUUUCUCAAGGGGGCUAUUAGGAAGACGAGUCGAGGAAGAGUCUUGGCACCAUAGGAGGUCAGAAGUAGAUUAUAUGAGGACUCCGCCUUUCACAUAUGAUAUCAAUGAGAAAAGACUCCCUCCAAACUUUAAACUACCCAUUAUACCGAAUUAUGAUGGCCGAGUUGAUUCUAAAAAUCAUAUUCACGCUUUCAUCUCGGCUUUCCGACUAUAUUGCAUUCCCGAUCCAAUUAUCUAUCGGACAUUUCCGGUAUUUCUCCAGGGAACUGCUCGAAAAUGGUUUUGGGGAUUAGAAUUUAGGAGCAUAUCCAACCUGGGGGAACUAGUGAAGAGAUUUCUCCACCGAUUUGUAUCCUCCAGACCUAUGACCAGGACCUCGAUUUAUCUGCUGAAUAUACAACAAAAUUCGGGAGAAUCACUUCGGUCUUAUGUACAAAGAUUCCACGAGAAGAGUGUUCAGAUACCUGAUCUCAAUGAGCAGGUAACAAUAGCUGCUUUUACCCACGGGCUUGUUGCCGAGGUGUUCAACACCGGGAUACACAAGAAGUAUCCCUGCACGCUCCAGGAGCUCUGGUUGAAGGUCGAAAAAGGCAUUCAAAUCAAAGACCUCAACCGCAUAAAGAAGGAGGUCCAAGCAGUCCGUUCGGGAAAUGAUUCCCGAAAGAAGAAUGAAACUAGCCGAAAUGAGGUCGGCAUUGCUGGCAGCUUCCAAAGUCUCAGCCGAGAUCGCCGGAGUGUGUUUGAUAGGAUAGUCAAGGGGAAGGCGCCUAUUCCCGAUUCCAAGCUGACUCCUCUAAACAUCAGUCGAUCUCGAGUGCUCUCUGUGAUGGAGCAGAACAACUUUGGACGUGCUCCUCUGAAGAUGUACGGAAACAGAGAGAAGAGGAAUUCCAACCUCUACUGCCUGUAUCACCGAAACAUUGGGAACGAGACGAAAGACUAUAACGAUCUCAAAAGAGAGAUAGAACACCUCAUCAAAUAG